CCGCGCAUCCGGGCCCUGGGGCGGCGCUGCGGAGGCCGGAGCAGGCGGCGCGGCGCGCGGACGGCGGCGGGGCCUCGGGGCCGCCGGGGGCCCGAUCGGCGCGGCCGAGCAUGGCGGGCUCCCUGCCUCCCUGCGUGGUGGACUGCGGCACCGGGUAUACCAAGCUUGGCUACGCAGGCAACACUGAGCCCCAGUUCAUUAUCCCUUCAUGUAUCGCCAUCAGGGAGUCAGCAAAGGUGGUGGACCAAGCGCAGAGGCGAGUGCUGCGGGGGGUCGACGACCUGGACUUCUUCAUCGGGGAUGAGGCCGUUGACAAGCCCACCUACGCCACCAAGUGGCCGAUUCGACAUGGGAUCAUCGAAGACUGGGACCUCAUGGAGAGGUUCAUGGAACAAGUGAUCUUCAAAUACCUUCGAGCAGAGCCUGAGGAUCAUUAUUUUUUAAUGACAGAACCUCCACUGAAUACCCCAGAAAAUAGAGAAUAUCUGGCAGAAAUCAUGUUCGAAUCAUUUAAUGUACCGGGACUCUACAUAGCAGUGCAGGCAGUGCUGGCCUUGGCUGCGUCCUGGACGUCCCGGCAAGUCGGCGAACGUACGUUGACGGGGAUUGUCAUUGACAGCGGGGAUGGGGUGACCCACGCCAUCCCAGUGGCCGAAGGCUAUGUAAUUGGAAGCUGCAUCAAACACAUCCCGAUUGCAGGUAGAGAUAUUACGUAUUUCAUUCAACAGCUGCUAAGGGAGAGGGAGGUGGGAAUCCCUCCUGAGCAGUCACUGGAGACCGCAAAAGCCAUCAAGGAGAAGUACUGCUACAUUUGCCCGGACAUCGUCAGGGAGUUUGCCAAGUACGACGCGGACCCCCGCAGGUGGAUCAGGCAGUACAUGGGCAUCAACGCUGUCAACCAGAGGCGCUUCGCCGUGGAUGUUGGCUACGAGCGCUUCCUGGGGCCCGAGAUCUUCUUUCACCCAGAGUUUGCCAACCCAGAUUUCAUGGAGUCCAUCUCCGACGUCGUCGAUGAAGUCAUCCAGAACUGCCCCAUCGACGUGCGGCGCCCGCUGUACAAGAACGUCGUCCUGUCCGGGGGCUCCACGAUGUUCCGGGACUUCGGCCGGCGCCUCCAGAGGGAUCUGAAGCGGGUGGUGGACGCCAGGCUCCGGCUCAGCGAGGAGCUCAGCGGCGGCCGCAUCAAGCCCAAGCCCGUGGAGGUCCAGGUGAUCACGCACCACAUGCAGCGCUACGCCGUGUGGUUCGGCGGCUCCAUGCUCGCCUCGACGCCCGAGUUCUUCCAGGUCUGCCACACCAAGAAGGACUACGAGGAGUACGGCCCCAGCAUCUGCCGCCACAACCCGGUCUUUGGCGUCAUGUCCUAGUGUGGGCGCCGCGGGGCGCGGGCGGCCCCGAACCCCUCGUCGCCAGUGCAUGAGGCGCGGCUGGAGUCCGCCCGGCGGGGCCGUCCAGCAGGGCCACCGCGUGGAGUGUGCGCGCCCCUGCCCCUCCGCCUCCUCCCGGCUUCCAGUGACCCCCGGCUCCGAGGGCGUUCAGCCUGGCCAGAAAGCCCAGAGCUGGCGCAGUAGCCCCCCGGGACAGAGUCAGGGCGACCUCCCGCCCCUCCCAGCCUAUUUUUGUAAAUAAAAUGUUAUAAACUUGCAAUACAAAUGGAUGUUUAUAUUUCCUAUCAUUUUGUAUUAUGGUCUUUGGUACAACUGGCCGAUCUGAGCACGAGAGACGCUGGUGUCCGGGUGCUGUGGUCCGUCCGUCGUCGUGCGGCGUGUCCUGGUGUGUGCAGAGGCGAACAGGCCGGCCUGGGAGCUGCCCCACGAGCCCGCUGGCCACGGCCGCCCCUAAUGGGAGUGCUGGGCGCCGAAGGCCGCUGCAGGGGACCGUCUCUUUGUUCCCUGUGUGACCUUUCUGGAACUGUUCUGCAGGAGACGCCGGUUUGCUGUUGGUGAUGUUGGAUGAAGCACGACCUUGCACUGUUGUAAUAAAGCGUAGACUCUUUGUAAAGAUUUCCCG